AAAAAAGAAAAGAAAAGAAAAAGAAAAAAAGAAAUGUGAUGUGGGAGUGCUUCAGGUAAAAGCAAAAUUAUCCCUGCCAUGAUAUUCUCUGUGCAAUGCUUCAAUAUGCUUAUCAAACAAGAGAACUAUGCUGAAAGAAUUUUAGCAUCUUUUUUACUAAGGCUUUUUUUUUCAAUUCAUUUGUUCAAAGGUUCCUGGAUCGUGGGUCCCAUUUUACAGAGACAUGAAAGCUAAUCAGAUAGUGUUGCAGGUAUUUACACUGCCUUUAAAUUUGUACUUUUCUCUGGGAAUGACAGGGGAGAACCAGGUGGUGACACCAGUGGGGUUUCUGAUUUGAAAUGACACAGUCUAUAGGAUUAACCAGCAACAAGAGGCCAAUCCAACUAGAAUCUAGGACUAAGACUGAGUUUUGAGUGUUGGCAACAGGAAGAGGUGCUGAAAGCACCUAUCCUCAGCCCGGGCAGACUGUAGAGAAAAUGGAUUCAUCUAGAAAAUUAUAAAAGACAAAAUGAGUAUCACAGCUCUAGGGUUCAGACAUAUGCUCACUUGAAACAGUCCAUAAUAUAGACUGAUUGUUUUUUGUCAACUCAUUACCCAAGAGCCAAGAAGUGCUGCAUGAAUGACAAUCUGGAGAUGAAGUUAAAGUGAAAGCCAGUGCUGGGAAACUAAAGUCACUCAACAUCCAAACUGAACCCAGCAUUUGUGGAAAGACCCCAGGCUGUGGCACAGGAGAUGAGAGUCAGGCCUGCUGACUGGCCCCACUAUGGCCUCCAGGAGGGCUCUGUGGAUUGGGGCUGGCAGCACGUCCUUAGAUGGUGACCCUGCCUUCCUUCCUUUAGCCCACUUUCUUUCACCCUCCCCUCUUCGCGGAGUGCUUUCAUCCUUCAGUUAAAAUGUCUGAAACAACCUUAUCUUCCAUCCUGGCAAGCUUGCCCCGUCCUCAUUCAUAGCUCAUCUGGGAGCCCUCCUUUCCUUAAAGAAGGAUUAAUACAAGUGAUAGUUUAUUACCCUUAGACUUCCAAGAUUAAAAAUAAAUAAAUACAUACAUGAAAAUGGCAGAAAGAAGGAACCAUGGGAGGGUCGCCUUUUCUUUCUCUCUUUACCACAGAACAGAGCGCAGGACUAUAGUUGGAUUGUCCUACAAUCUAUUCCAUUUAUUUUCACUCCCAAUAGAUGUUGUAAUUUGGAAAAGAAAAGACACUCACGGGGCUUAACAGAGACCCAGUAGGAAACGCGUAAACGUCUCCCUGCAGCACAAUGAUGCACUGGCUGCAGCUCGGGGCUGCGGUACAAAUGCUCAGUCCCUGCUUUGCUGAGCAGACCCGAGUGGAGCGGAGCGGUGGAGAUCUCACCACACUAACCCCGCUGGGCCUGGGCACCUCCACACAAGCCCCAUUCCAUCUCCUUCUUCCCAUCACUUGCCCCAUAGAUCAAUUGAUUCCGUGCCUCGUCGUCCCCCAUGUCCGUCCCUAAAACCUGCCCUGCACUGAUCCACUUUCAGAUUUCCCACUGCUCCUCCGCGGAACCCAGCCAGUGUGCAUGUUUGUGCACAUUUUGACAGAAAGGGUAUUUCGUUGCAUAUGGAUCAGCAACCCCUUCGCGGUUCUGCUUGCUACCCUCCCCCUCCUCCCGCUGCUCCAUUCACCUCCAUCUCAGAUCUCCCUCCUCCCCCCGGUCCGGUGGGGUAAAGAAAGGCUCCUCCAGGCAGCACAAUGGCUGGCGCUCCGAGGAAGCCGGACUCAUCCCGCGCAGGCCGCACACACACUCCACUGCCCUCCUGGUCAAACAAGCCCGGACACGGGAGAGGGGUGGGAGUCGGGGAUGCCUAGCGGCGGGGAGGGAAGGGAUAGGCAAAAGGGAAGAGGAGCGGGCUGUGAUACCCCCUCGACGCCGUCAAACACUGCUCCCCGCGCUCCAGAGCCGGGGGCCCACCCGACGGCAGCGCGCCCCGCCACCGCGCCGCCGCCCCGGUGCCUUCUCCCGCCCGUCUGUAGUAAAACAAUCGCUCCCCCGGCGUCUGCGGCCGCUGCCAGCGGUUCUGACACUGCAGGAAUGCGCGGACUGGGGAAGGCUCAGCACUCUGGGGAGGGGCACGAGCGGGGUCGGGGAAGCUCCAAGAUGAGCGCGUGCAAUAACUAUCAACAUGGAUACCUCGCAGAGCCUGACACUAGCUUCUGGAUAAAAUGCAGGCGAUGGCUGCUGGCGGAUGCCGGCAGACACACUCAAAGGCCCUCUUGGACUUUCUGAGCUGCCCAUUCUCCUCUACUGGAGGCUGAGGCGGGCAGGCCCAGCGACGUCUCCCAGCCCCAACUGAGUUCCGACCUCAAGCCAAAAGUGAGGAGGCCGGCAGGAGAGCUUUUCUCGCCCAAAGAUGCGGGGUGGGAGCCGGAUCCAGCUGAAAAAUCUGAGUGAGAAGGUUUCAGGCCCAGGAGGACUUGAGAUAAUACAGGAAAAUUCAAGAGGCUGAAAUAAGAAGGCUCCCUGGGGUCUUGUGAAAAAUUAUUCAUUUAUCAUGUCUACUGUGUAUAGGCCUGUGCUUAUAGAAGCUGUCAAUAAAAAGUCUCAUAAUUCAUGGAUACACACAACUAAGAGCACAAGAACUGUAAUUAUCGAAGGAAGGCACUGGAAAAAGCAUGUCGGCUUGGAGAACCCCAAGUACUUUUGUCUGAUUACAAAGUACCUCUGGGCUGAACUGAGAACUUCAACUGGAAGGGGCAGGGAGCUUCUCUUUUGCUGGUUUAUGCAUUCAUUCCACAGACAUUUCAACCAUGAGAAGGAUGGAAACAGGAAUAAUGUCCCAAUGAGAUGAGAAGAAGCGUUGGCCUAUUUGCCUUUGUGGGAGCAAUAGACAGAGGAUGUCUUCCUGUAAG